AUGAUUAUACACAAGAAGUUAAUAUUUUUGAAAAUUUUGAUUGUUUUAUUUAUCUUUUAUACUAAAUAUUACAUUUGUUUUUUUUUUUUUAUUAAUAAAGCAAAAUGGUGUUGGAAUAAGCUUGAGGGUAAAAAUUUCCGAGUAUAUGUAUCUCGACCUGCACAAAAAAAAAGCAAUCAAUUGAAAACAAAAAUAAUAAUAAAUAAAAGGAAGAAAGAAGAAAAUGCUAAAAGUAGCAUACGUAAAAAUGAUUAUAAAUCAUCAUCACAAUAUAAAUUAAUUGAAGAAUUAAUAAAUGAAUAUCCACAGAAAUUAGCUUUUACCAAUAUAAAAGAUCAACCUUUUAUUUUACUAAAAGAUAAAUUAAAUCCUAAAUAUAUUAAAGGAUAUGAAUUACCAUUUAAUUUAAUAAACCCCAUAAAAUAUGAAUUGUUAAAAUUGAUUGGAAAAAUAUGUGACCCUUUUAAACCUUUAUGUUGUUAUUCGUUAACUCCUAAAUUAUUUAUUGAUAAAAUGUUUAAAGACAAACGUUCUAUUACAUAUAAUGAUUUUUGUUAUAACAUAGAAUAUAAAUUAAAAUUUUAUAUGCCUUCUUAUACUGAAAUCUUUAAAUUUGAAAAAGAAUUAUUAUGGAAAUUAUAUAUGACAGUCCGAAAUUUAAAAGAAGUCUCUCCAUACACACCUUUAAAUGAUCAUGAACGUGUUAAUAAAAUACUAGAAGAUAAUGAAACCACUUUACCUAUUACUAUUAGUAAAGUGAAUAAAGAAAUGAAUAGACAAGGUAUCCAUCCAUCCAUAUUAAAAAUGUUUUUUGAUUUUCUAAAUAUAGAAAAAAUUAAUAAUAUUUUAAAAAGAGAUAAUGCUUUUUUAAAAUUAGAAUCUAUUAAGAAUCAAAUUAAAAAUAGAGAUCUUAUGGAAGGUAUUAGACCAGAUUAUCUAUAUAUCAUGUUCUCUAAAAACGCCAAGGAAUAUUAUUCUAAUUUUAAUCAUAAACAAUAUGAAAAAGAAUUCUUAAAUUCAAUCAAUUAUAAUACAACUACUCAAAAAAUUAUUACCGAAAAUUCCAUAUACAAAAAAAAAAGAAAACAAUUCUCUCAAGAAACAAAAACAUCUCUUAUGAAAUUUUAUGAUAUUCAAUUACCAUCCUUCUUUAAAGAAUAUAUAAAAAAGAAAGAUCAAAAACAUAAAGAAAUAUAUGAAAAAAUUAAAAAAAUGAUACAUAAUAAAUAUCUAAAGAGAAAACAAAAGAGGGAAGAUAAACUCGCUGGAAAAAUAUAUAACCCACAAAGCCAAUCUGAUGCCAAAACUAAUACUAAUGAAGAUGACAAGAAGAAAAAAAAA